AUAAAGCAGAUCCAAGCUGGGGUGGUAGUAGGCCACACCACACAGCCCACACUUCCAUUCCGUCCGUAACUCUGCUCCAAAGCUGCACCCUCCACAGCUAUCAAAAAGCUCUCUCGACGAACCUCGGCGACACACUUCACGAAAAGAGAGGUGUACUCCUUUGUCCUAAAUGGAGGCACGACGUCGUCUCGCCGUCCUCUCUUCUCAUCUUCGCUCCAUAACAGCUUCGACCAAUUCUCCGAAGUCAUACGUUUUAGCUGCAAAUUGCGCUUCUUGUUCCGAUGUUGGAAAGGGCACUGAAGAAAAGAACUGUGUUUUUUGCAAGAUUAUUCGAGGGGAAGCAAAGACUUCGAAGCUCUAUGAAGAUGAUAUAUGCCUUUGCAUUUUGGAUACAAAUCCACUGACUCAUGGGCACUCUCUCAUAAUUCCAAAAUGCCAUUUUUCUUCCUUGGAUGCAACUCCUCCAUCGGUGGUAGGUGCCAUGUGUUCAAAAGUACCCUUAAUCGGCAAUGCUGUGUUGAAAGCUACUGGAUGUGAUUCAUUCAAUUUGUUGGUUAACAAUGGUGCAGCAGCGGGCCAAGUUAUAUUUCAUGUCAGUCUUCUGUAGAUACUAUGCGUGUUUCUUUCUGGUUAGUUAUUUUUAUGUUUCUAUUGAGAGAGCUGAUAAGCUAAAUGGAAUUUUCUCAUUACAUGGCAAGUUCAGACUCACAUUCAUAUCAUUCCUCGGAAUGCUCGUGAUUGCUUAUGGGCUUGUGAGGUAUGCUGUUUUUCUUUUUAUGCUUCUUUAUAUGUGGGAAUGAAAUAAACUUACAUGAGAGAUUAAACUUGAACCUAUACAGAGUUUGCCGAGGUAUCCCCUAAAGUUAGAUCAGAAAACUUCACAACUAGUGGAUCACGUUCGACAACAAUUGUCAUUUGUGGACAGCUUUGAAGCAAUCAAAGGUCAAGGAUCCACUCUCAUGUGAGUAUUAAACUUGAACUGAAUGCUGAUUUGCUGAGGGAUUGGGUAAUGUUAGAUCAGGAAGCUUCAAGACUGGCUGAUAUCCUUCAACUCGAGAAUGAUUUUCAUCCACGGUAGCCAUGGAGGUAGCAAGGGCCAAUGCUCCACCCUCCUUGAGUUGCAUUCGAGAAAGAUAAUCAUUGUUGGGCAGUUUUGAAGGUCGAAGGUAGCUAGGGUAAAGGAAUAAAGGAUCCACCCUCACGGAGAUCUGCUGCGAUGGUUGAUCCUUAAGAGCAUACUUCUUUGUAUAAUGUAUACCCAGUUAAGUCACAAUUAUACACACGUCUUUCUAUAUACUAUGUAUAUGCAGGACUUGCAGUAAUGAGUUGUUUGUUGUGAACCUGGAUAGACCAAUUACUGUGGUCAAUGUCCUAAAUUCAAACGGCUGAAAUUCGCUUUAAUUAUUGAAUGGUAGUG